UUUUCGCAAAAUAAUUACGAAUUUUCACGACUGAUUCGUGAUCGGGCACCGCCGUGACGCCACCCUCCCUUCUUAUUUGGGAUAAUUAUAAUAAAAAAAAGAUAGAAAAAAGAUUUAGUCAUUUAUAAUAGCAGGAGAUGGUGAGUCAUUAUCAGGUAUUCAUCAACAAGUGUAUCGUAACAUAUAUCCAUUCUCCGUUCGGUAGUUGCAAUGGAAAAUUUGAACGUGAUACUUCGCGAGCAUAACAUUUGUUUCUUUCGUAGAAAUAAAAAAGCAUCUUUCUCACAUGUUUAUUAUCAACGAUAGAGGAUUAAAUAAAAUUGAUGUGAUUCCCAUAAAUAAAAUUGCGACUGAUAAAAUUUCACAAUCGCUGCGUAUAUCACACGUCUUUAUUAUAUACAAUUUUGCACGCGCAGUGUGAACAUCAGUCUAUUUAGUUAAUUAUAGACAGUUCUAUGAAGUGUUUAGAAAAAUGCUGGAAAUAAAUAAUGAAAAUAACGCAACGACAGCAAGAAUACUGGAUGACGACUGCAAAAUCCAUUUACAGGAAUCGGAAAAUUUGCUGGAAACUGGAAAUUCACAAAUGUGCAUCGAAUUUAACGAUCUCUGUUACUCGAUUCGCAAUCGCAAAGGAACUAAGAAAAUCCUACGCAAUGUGACCGGCCAUUUCGAACCAGGGAAACUCACAGUGAUAAUUGGCCCUUCCGGUGCGGGAAAAACUACUUUAUUAGAAAUAAUAACAGGCAAUCGGUUAUUUAAUAUUAAAGGCACUGUAACUGUGAAUAACGGCAAAUGGAACAGAGAGACAUUCCGCAAACAGGUGUGCUACGUGCCGCAACAGUUCCAACUAUUGCCAUUACUCACAACAAGAGAAAUUCUUUAUAUAGCGGCUAGAUUUAAGCUCGACGCUAAUCAGAAUAAACAGGCGAUCUAUCUAAUUGUGAACGAGAUCGCGGAGAGUCUCAACUUGUCAAAUUGUCUGGAUACAAUGGUAAACAAAUUAAGCGGCGGCGAGCGAAAGAGACUCUCUAUCGGCGUAGAGAUGAUCACCAAGCCACACGUUUUCUUACUACACGAACCGACAAGUGGUCUCGAUAGUAUGACGUCUAAUCAGCUCAUUAACAUGCUGCAUGGCAGAGCGAGAAUGAAUUGCACGGUAGUUUGCGUAAUACAUCAGCCUAAUAGUCAGAUGAUCUCACUCUUCGAUAAUAUUAUAAUACUUGAUCAAGGUAGAAGUAUAUAUUGCGGUCCAAAGAGCGAAAUCAUAAAUACAUUCAACACCGCCGGAUAUAUGUGUCCCAAUUUUUACAACAUAACCGAAUUCGUGCUUGAGGUGAUAACUGGACAGAGAGGUGGUGAUUUAAAUAAUUUAUACAAAAUUUGUCGUGAUGAAUAUGAUAAGUUUAAAUCAGGAUGUAAAGAUCAUGAAGAAGCAUCAAAUUUAUCGACUAUCUUUAAGCAGAAAUACAAAAUAGACGAUACAGUUAUACCUAUAAAUAAUACAGUACAAAAAAAGUCAAUGUGGCAGGAACAAAAGAUUUUAUUUUUAAGAGCUCUAAUUUGUAUCAAACGAGAUAUUCUCAUGACAAAACUAAGAAUUAUUGUACACAUCAUAAUCGGCUUAUUAGGAUUAGUUUUCUAUGAUUUCGGCUAUGACGCGGAAAAAGUGCUCAGCAAUAUAUCUUACUUAUUCUUUAUUAUGAUAUUUAUAUUUUUUGCAAAUGCCAUGUCGACAGUGCACGUGUUUCCCACGGAAGCGGCAGUAUUUCUACAAGAACAUUUAAAUAAUUGGUAUUCUUUGAGAUCCUACUACAUCGUAAAGAUAUUAACAGAGUUCCCAUUGCAAAUAAUUUGUUCUUCAUCUUUCCUGUUUGUAUCGUAUUAUAUGACAGGUCAACCAAUAUAUUAUGAUAGAAUUCUAAAGGCAUGGAGCAUUAGUAUAUUAUUAACGAUUCUUGCACAAAUGAUUGGAUCACUUUGUGGCACAGCUCUUCAUCCUGUGGUAGCUUUGUUUCUAAUACCAUCAGUUAAUGUACCAUUUGCACUGUUUGCCGGAUUUUUUGUGAAAAUAGAAGAAAUGUCGGAAUAUUUGCAACCUUUAGGUACUCUAAGCUAUUACAGAUAUGCAUUUGAAGGAUUAAUGCAAGCAGUUUAUCUUGAUCGAGAAAAUCUAUUGUGUUCGAAACUUUAUUGCCACUUUCGUUCACCAAACAAAAUUCUUGACAUGAUGGGCUUACUAACAGUGCCGUUUUAUGUUACUUUGAUAAUACUUGGUUUUUGGAUAUUCUGUUUACAUAUAACUCUUUAUUCAGUAUUUUAUUGGAAAAUUUAUUAUGCGAAGAAGUGACGAAUUAAAUUAAUAAUUGUUUUAAAAUAAGACGUUAAUGAAAUAAAUUUUAAUUGAGUUUUCCAUUCCACAUAUUCCAAUAAGAUUAUUUUGUAAAAGAAGUUAUUUGUAUAAUAAAUAUAUAAAAC